GCGAGACGCUGUGCAUUGUGAGAGGCUUCGUGAGGUCGCAGGGUUGUGCGGUUCAAGGCGAUAUUUUCGGAGAAAUCCGGUACCAGAUUCAGCAUCAAGGCCAGUUUUACAUCUGAGAUCCGUUUCAGGAGAGGCCGAGAACUUUUUGAACACCCCACGUAUCACCAUGGCAACAAGUGGAGUCAGCUGUAAUGACGUGGAAAGCAGUUUGGAAGGGGAGUUUGGUGGCAGCAUGGUGACUGCAAAACGCUACAGGUGUGACGAGUGCAGCAAGCAGUUCAGUCGGCUUGGUAAUCUAAAGUCACAUAUACGGACUCACACUGGUGAGAAACCCUACAGGUGUGAGGAGUGUGGCAAGCAGUUCAGUACCCCAAGUCAACUGAAGAGACACAUGCGGACUCACACUGGGGAGAAACCGUACAGGUGUGAGGAGUGCAGCAGGCAGUUCAGUGAGUUGGGUCAUCUGAAGAGGCACAAACGAACUCACACUGGUGAGAAACCCUACAAGUGUGAGGACUGCAGCAAGCAGUGUAGUCAGCUGAAUGAUCUGAAGAGACACAUUCAGACUCACACUGGUGAGAAACCCUUCAGGUGUGAGGAAUGUGGCAAACAGUUCAGAGACCUUGGUGAACUGAAGAAACACAUGCGGACUCAUACAGGUGAGAAACCCUACAAGUGUGAGAAGUGCAGCAGGCAGUUUAGUCAGCUGGUUCAUUUGAAAGCUCACAUACGGACUCACACUGGGGAGAAACCCUACAGGUGUGAGGAAUGUGGCAAACAGUUCAGUCAGGGGACUCAUUUGAAGACACAUAUGCGGACUCACACAGGAGAGAAACCCUACAGAUGUGAGGAGUGCAACAAGCAAUGCAAUCAGCUGACAGAUCUGAAGAGUCACAUGCGGACUCACACAGGUGAAAAACCCUACACGUGUGAGGAGUGCAGCAGGCAGUUCAGUCGGCUGGGUCAUCUGAAAUCACACAUGAAGACUCACACUGGUGAGAAACCUUGCGAGUGUGAGGAGUGCGGCAAGAAGUUCAGUCAUCUGGGUAAUCUUAAGAGCCACAUGCGGACUCACACAGGAGAGAAACCCUACAAGUGUGAGGAGUGCAGCAGGCAGUUCAGUCAGCUGAGUAAUCUGAAGAUUCACAUGCGGACUCACACAGGAGAGAAACCCUACAAGUGUGAGGAGUGCAGCAGGCAGUUCAGUCAUCUGCAUAAUCUGAAGACUCGCAUGCGGACUCAUACUGGGCAUGAUUCUUAAAGAAAAAUGUGAAAUUCUGAAAUUAAGUUGUUCGAUAACUUGACAAGUUUGAUAACCUAUCAGAGAUAGUAUCAGUUGUUUGUUAGUCAGUUAGCAGGGCAUGCAGACUACCUAGAAAUUAUAAAGUAGCUUUCUGUAGUUUGAUUUUACUUUUGCUUCUUAAAUCAUUUUCUUCUUAAAAUUAAGUUCUGUAGCUCAUAGUGUAGCUUGCUACAGUUUAGGUGAAUCUUUUUAGCCUGAAGAUUAUACAACAGCUUUUACAGGACAACUUUUUAUUAUGAGUUUAGUUUUCUACUUUUUUACUAAUAGAUGAAAAUGCACUUACUAAACUAUUAAGUGAUUUUAUCAAUCUAUGUAUGUUUGUUGGUUCCUUCUAUCCAGGAUCAAGAGAGUUCGUUCUUAGAAAACCCCAGUAACUGUUUGUUUAGAUCGAUUUAGACUUCCUUAAAUAAAAAAAAGCUAACCUAGUUGUGUUUGAUACAUGUAGUUAUUUCUCUGA